CCAAUCGCUUGAGGACAGAGUGGGAAAAGGAGCAAGCAGAGUUAGAGGCAGGACAAAAGAAGUUAUAUAGACGGCUAUAUACAUAUAUUUGAAUGUUUUCGAGAGCGUGUAGUGGGGGGAAAAAACAAUAGGAGAGAGUGCGGACAUGACAGUGUAGUUAUGGAGCCCCCUUUGAGCAAGAGGAAUUCGGCGAUAAGAUUAGCGGAUUUGGCAGCGACUCAGCCCCUUCCUCAUCAGAAUAUGACAGGCUUCCCGGGGAUAGGGGGGCAUCACCCUCACUCCCACCAUGCCCACCUCCACCCUGGGGAGAUGGGCAACGACCCCGGAGUGGCUCUCACUCCAUUUGGACCCGAGCACAUGGCACAGACAAAUGCUCUCAAACUUAGUCCAUCUCAGCCCAUUCAAAGCCACCCCGAAGCCCAGACCGCGGCAUCUUUCACUUCUUCUCAGACCACAGUUGGUUUCCCCGUGGCUCACCCCCACUCAGGCUACGCAAGCAGCAGGGACUUCAUCCUCAGGAGAGAGCUCUCAGCCUCUGCUAUGCAUGCACUUGGCGACCAGCAUAGUUCCGCCUCCUCCCCUCAUCACCAUGGCAUGUUCAUUUCCCCAACAGGUGCUUAUGGGCACACGGAAGGUGGUGCCCAUCCACUUUUCACUGGACUUCACGAGCAGGCGGCCCCAGGUGCCCACCACCAUGCUCUCAACGGCCAGAUGCGCCUGGGUCUGCCGGGGGACAUCUACGGCAGGCCAGAACACUUCGGCCACAGGCCCGAGCACUAUGGACCGUCUUCUCUGCACACUUACAACUCCAUGAACUUAAAUGUGAACAUCGCUUCAGCUCCUCAUGGAGCCACGGGGGCGUUUUUGAGGUACAUGAGGCAGCCCAUCAAACAGGAGCUCAUCUGCAAGUGGAUUGACCAGGAGCAGACGGCAAAGAAGCCCUGCUCGAAGACCUACAGCACCAUGCACGAGCUGGUCAACCACGUCACCGUGGAGCACGUCGGGGGACCCGAGCAGAGCAACCACGUCUGCUUCUGGGAGGAAUGUCCGCGCGAGGGGAAAGCCUUCAAGGCAAAGUACAAACUGAUCAAUCACAUCCGAGUUCACACGGGAGAGAAGCCGUUCCCCUGCCCCUUCCCCGGCUGCGGGAAGGUGUUCGCGCGCUCGGAGAAUCUCAAGAUCCACAAGAGGACCCACACAGGCGAGAAGCCCUUCAAGUGCGAGUUUGACGGCUGUGACAGAAAAUUUGCCAACAGCAGUGACAGGAAGAAGCACUCUCAUGUCCACACGAGUGACAAGCCUUACUACUGCAAAGUGAGGGGCUGUGACAAGUCGUACACGCACCCCAGCUCUCUGCGCAAGCACAUGAAAGUCCACUGCAAGUCUCCUCCGCCCCCCUCGGCCAAUUCGGGACCCGCGUACCAUCAGUCGUCCGGCGGACUCGCCGAUAGCCUCUCUCCGGCAGCAGAGCCCCACAGGAGCCGUUCCACGAACCUUUCUCCUCAGGUGACCAACCUCAACGAGUGGUACGUGUGCCAAGGGAGCGCCGUCCCCAACCACCUCCACACCCCCUCCAGUGACGUGCCAACGUCGGAAUCCGAUGACGAGGACUCUUACAGACACUCAGAUCCGAGGACAAUGCUCUGAUCGGAGCACACCAGGAAUAUAUUUAUGUUACAUUCCCAGCCCCACUGUGUUUUUUUUCUUAACUAAAUGUGCUCGAUGCACUCACAUAAGCAUUCCAGGAUGGAGAAAGGACGCGCAACAGCGCCGCGGAUGUCAGAUGGUGAAGAGCAUCUGCCCUCAGCACCUUCCCGUUUGUCCUUAAGAUGUGCGCUCGUGUCACCAUUAGGUUUCCCAUUCAUACCGUAACGACUGCAAAGCAGUGGACUGGACAGGCAUUUUGGAUACAAACGGCAGAGAAUGAAUGAAUGAAUAAUAGAGUGAGGCCUAUUUGAAAAGUGUCAUUCCGCCAUGCAACAGCACAUGGGACCACUUCGCACCCAUCUCUCAAAACGCUGGUCAGGGCUGCAGGCGAGCUCCUGCUCCUGAAUUCACAGCGCGCUCUUAGUUGAUUGAGUCAUAUCCAGUCUGUGAAGGUGCGCCGACACUGGUCGUGUGAAACAAUAAGCAGUUAAUUAAUGUGCUUGUAUCGAUGAGUGGACAGGUUUAUGUAGCUUAUGUUCCCCCGAGAGGUCUUCUUUAUGGUGACGUACUGACGUGGAGUGUCUGAGGGACAGUUAUUCUUUUUAUCAAGUGCUAUGUAACAUUCCCAAUGUUUGGCAGUUUAAUUUUCAAGUAGGCCUAUCAGUCGUACCAUGUCAGUGUCAAGGGAAAAAAGGUUUAUUCUAAAAAAAAUAAUAAAAUAAAACAAAAUAAUAAAAAAACAAUUCAGUAUUUGUUAAAGUUUAUACACUUAUGUGGUCGGGGAGAAUUUCUUUUGUGAUAUUUAAGGACUAUUUAAAAUUAUAUUUUAUGCAAAAGCCAAUGUAACUCUGAUUUAAGAGUACGAAUAAUGUCCUUUGAGACCCUAAAUAAUGUACAAGUGACGGGCCUGUCUCCCUGACGGAUUUGUAAAAAAAAAGAAAAAAAAGAAAAGAAAAACAAACAAAUGGCUAAUAGUGGUGAUGUUUGUGAAUGUUGUGGUGACGUCCCAACGAGUUUUUUUGUACAUUGUAAUUUAUUUGCUGGUAUUACUGUUGGUCUGGAAUUACAGAUACACCAAAGAAUAAUAUGAUUAAUUUUGGUGAAAUGUAGUGAUUUUUUUAUCGUGUUCUGUAAAAAAGAUAAAAAGAAAAAAGGUUUUACUUGAAUAGACUGUGUAAUGUGAAGUGUCCCUCGCAUGCCCUGUGUAGUAACUCUGUCUUUCUGUUGAGGUGCAUGGUGCUGUUGAUUGUGGUGGUGGGGGGAAAGUGAAGAGGUUUGUGGAGAUCUUUGAUGUUCGUGAAGAAACUCAUGUAUAAAUUUAUGGAGUUGAAUUAAAAACAGAUGAAAUGUA